GGUAUCCAUCUCACUGCCUCUUGAACUUUAUUUCAACGAACAAUAUCAAAUUGAAAAAAGAAAUAAAUAGUGUUUGGAGGCCAAAUCCCUGUCAGAUAUAUCAUGCUUGUCAACCAGAGUCUUUAAAUUAAGAAUAAAGUUUUACCUUUUUUCUCUUGCACAAAGUAAAAGCUUCCUUAAUUCACGAAAGAUGAAAAGAAUCCAAUUCCAUCUUGCAUAUAUAAAUACUUGAUCCAUUUCACGCGGUUCCAAAAACGACCCUACUUUUCUUUUUCCCUUCCUCUUUCUCAGUUACCUUUCCUCUCUGUUGAAGCUUUAAGACACCAAUUCAGCUUUCUAACACUCUUCCUCAAUCAAAAUGGCAAAUGUGGUGGAGUUGAAAGUUGGUUUGCACUGUGACGAGUGCAUCAAGAAGAUCCUCAAGGCCAUCAAGAAAAUUGAAGAUAUUGAAACGUAUAAUGUGGACACGGAGAUGAACAAGGUAACUGUUACGGGGAACGUUACAAGAGAAGAAGUGAUCAGAGUUCUUCACAAGAUUGGGAAGAAUGCUGCUGUUUGGGAAGAUGAUACUAAAACCAACAAGUGAAGUUGAGUCUACCAAACUAGUUUAAUUAUUUCCUUUUCUGCACAAAAUAUAUUAAUAGUAAUAGUACUUCUACUAUAACUUACUGCGCUAUAUGUAGCUAUAUUAUAUAUGAUGGAUGUGAGAUUAUAUAACGUAUAUACGAAUAUAGUGUUAUAUCUACUUCAGUUUUGUAUUUUGUUGAACUUUCUUUGCUUAUAUUACCAGUGUACUUUUACGCUUUUUUUUU